CCAUAUCUAUCGUUCUCUGUUAUUUUAAGAUAGAGAGAGACAGAGAGACAGAGAGAGCUGAGCUGAGCUGAGAGAGGUUUGAACUAGAUGGGAAAUGAAGGGUAUUUGUCGUUGUUCGAGACGAGGAGAGCCAAGGGAACAGUCCUGUAUAGGGUUUUUGCGGCAUCUAUAUUUGCAGGAAUAUGUUUGAUUUGGGUUUAUAGAUUGAGUCACAUACCAAAAGCAGGAGAAGAUGGAAGGUAUGGUUGGAUUGGACUAUUGGGUGCUGAGAUAUGGUUUGGUUUUUACUGGCUCCUCACUCAGGCCUCCCGGUGGAACCGUGUGUAUAGGUACACCUUCAAAGAUAGGCUAUCUCAAAGAUACGAGAAUGAAUUGCCGGGAGUGGACGUAUUUGUGUGCACGGCAGAUCCAACCAUUGAGCCGCCGAUGAUGGUGAUUAACACGGUUUUGUCAGUGAUGGCUUAUGAUUAUCCGCCGGAGAAGCUGAGCGUCUAUCUGUCCGAUGAUGGCGGGUCGGAACUUACGUACAAUGCUCUCUUGGAGGCUGCUGAGUUUGCAAAGCAUUGGAUACCAUACUGCAAGAGGUACAAAGUGGAGCCAAGGUCACCUGCUGCUUAUUUUGUCACAGAUCUGCUGAUGCAAUUGAUGAUGAUCAGGCUAAAGAUUUCUGGGUUACUAAGAUCCAAGAUGAAGCGCCGAAGAGUCUGCGGUGGAGGAAAUAAAGAGAGAUGCAGCGGCGGAGAAGAGGGAGGGAAUUCCUACAGUAGCCAGAAGAAGACACAGGGAGAGAACUGAAGAGUCUGUGGUGGAGGAAGUAGAGAGAGAUGCAACGGUGGAGAAAGAUGCAGUGGCGGAGAAGAAGGAGGGAGAUCCUGCGGUAGCCAGAAGAAGAUGCAGGGAGAGAAGAGUCUUGUUCUGGGUGGUUGGAUGGAACUUGCUGGUGGUGGUGGUUCAUGGUGGCUGGCGGAGGAAUUAGGUUUUGGGAUUUGUGGGAUUCUUUGGUUUCUUGGAAGCUACUUGGAACUUUGGGGAGUUUUGAUUGGGAAAAUGGAGGGAGUGUGGUUGGUUUUUGUAAGCAGAGAGAGCAGCUGGGAAGAAGAAGAGAGAGAGGGGAAACGAAGAAGAACAGCAAAGGGAGGAAGAAAGCCCCGACUAAAUUGUCCUGUGGUUUUGGAUAGUAUAAGGAAGCGGGUAUUCACCGGAUAAAAUAGGUGGGUCGGAUUAUUUAAUCCGAUGUCUAUUUAAUAUGAACGGACACCAAACACCGUACUUCGUAUAAUUAGUACUAUCUGGUGCUUUAUAUGGUGUGUCAAACGAGGCCUUAGUGUCUUGUUGACUGUUUCCCUUCAUUUCCUCCUCAGUUUAGGGUGAUCUACGUGCAUGGCCCCACUUUAGUUGUUUUCCUAUUCAGUUUGUUUUUGCUCACCAUUAAUACCCAUGGAUUUAACAAUUGAUUGGCAAUCUAA